UUUCAUACGGCGUUGAUACGAUUUCUCAUCUACAUACGUGCGAUAAUGAAGCACAAGAGCCAGCAGAAGAGGAAGAAGAAGAGGUCUUGUGCCGUGAAACCAUCCGGUGAUGGAGCGGCGUCCGACGGGAACAAUAAAGACUUGGACGAGGAGAGGAGGCACGAUGCAGGAAAGUUGGAAUCAGAAAAAGUUGGAAAAAAAAAUAUCGAGUCGUUAAUGGAGGCCUUUUGCUCGGUUUCCGUGGAGGAAGCGACGGCUGCUUAUAAAGACGCAGGCGGAGAUCUGAACAAAGCCGCCGAAAUUUUGUCGGAUCUGGUGGAAAUCGGCGAUGACCCGUCUACGAGCUCUGUCACGAGUGGGUCUUCGGGUCAGGAAACCGGGUCUACCUCUGAGUACGGUACUGGUUCAAGCUCGAGCUGCGGCGAAGACCUAACGAGGGAGAGGUGGUUUAAAGGAAGCAAGCAGAAUAGAGUUAUUGCUGCCACAGGGAUGGUGUCUUCUGUGAUUGGGAAGGAUUACAUGAAGCCGAACCCUGUGCGGAAGGAGCUUACGGGAAGGUCUAAAGAGCUCUGUAUGAAGGGGAAAAAAGCUGCAGAUAGAGAUAAAGCUGAACAGUUCCUAAACUCAAUGCUUGGAGAUGAUUGCGAUCUUAGCAUGGCUGUUGUUAGAGAUGUGCUGUGUCAAUGUGGCUACGAUGUCGACAUGGCCUUGAAUGUCUUGCUUGACAUGUCUUCUUCAUCAACUGAUGAUUCAUUAAGUGGUAGAUGUUCCGCCAUAGGAUUCAGCGAUAGUCUGGCAGAGACAUCAUUUGAUACUGAUACUUCCGAAAGUGAACUAUUCUGGGGUAUAGGCUGUAGUCAAAGGGAUUACUCAAAAGCCCUCACGAGUCCUGCAGAUAAUUUUGCAACUAGCCAAGGAAGUUCUGAGCAAGGUCUUCCACAAAAGGUGUUGGAGUCUCUCUUCAAGGUUCCCCAGAGUCCUAAACACGAACCAAAGACAAUGAGUUGGAGGAAUGUCGCAAAGAAAAUGCAGUCACUUGGCAUUGAUGCCUCUUCAUCUAGCGGGGAAGGGUCUCAGCCUCAUACUUUUGUGAAGGAUGACGGAUAUCAUGAAUUUCGAAAAGAUGCAAAUGACCAAUGGAAUGUUACGAAGUCUUACUAUCAAAAAGCUGCAGAAGCAUAUUCGAAAGGAGGGAGGGCUCAUGCGGCUUACCUUUCGGAUAAGGGGAGAGCGGCAUCUAAAUUAGCUGAACGGGCAGAUGAGAGGGCAAGCCAAGAUAUAUUCGUCGCGAGAAACAAAGGUAUAGAGAAUGUGAUAACCAUUGAUCUGCAUGGUCAGCACGUUAAACAAGCAAUGAAGCUAUUGAAGAUGCAUCUCUUACUCGGAUCAUAUGUCCCUUCCAUUCAGACACUACGAGUGAUCACAGGAUGUGGGUCUCAUGGGUUUGGGAAGUCGAAAGUGAAACAAACGGUGACAAAGCUGCUAGAAAGAGAAGGAGUUAAGUAUAGUGAAGAGAACAGAGGGACAUUGCUGAUCAAGCUUGAGGGAUGUAGUAGAGAGUUCACUUUCUUAGGCACAGAGAGUGACACCGAGUAA